AUGUCUCCUUCUGAACGCCUGGUUCUGGUGUUGGGAGGAGCUGGGACCGUGGGCUCUGGGAUUGUGAAGUCGCUCCUGGAGAAGGGGUUCCAAGUUGCUGUCAUCUCCCGGGAUGCUGAGCGACUGGAGAAGCUUCGGAGCUUCCUACCAGCAGAAGCCCACAAUCGCCUGUUCACCCUGGUCGGGAAUGUUGGCACUGAGGAUGGAGCAGAAGCAGCCAAGGCAGCCCUUCUGGGAGGAGGCAAGAAGGUCACUGAUGUGGUGUCUGCUUUGGGCUUCAGCUGGUGGCAAGGAGGGGCACCCCAUACUCAGACCCUGCAGGAGCUGCAGUGGGUCCUGGAAACUUUGCUCCUGAGUACCUUCACUUCCUGGAAAGCCUUCUUUCCCCUGGUCUGGGAAAACCCUGGAGGCUCCUACACCUUUAUCACUGGGAGUGCAGGGGAUCGUCUGCUCAGGCCAGGCACAGGCUUCCUGACCCUGGGGGCUUCAGGGGCCCUGGCCUUCAGCAGGGUGGUACGUGAAGAAUACCCAGAUGUGCCCUGUAAGCUGAAUGAGGUGAAGAUCAACAUGGGGGUUGCGCUCCCUGAAGCCCUGGGUCCUGGCUUUGUCAGCCACUUGGAGGUUGGCCAGGCUGUGGCCUCCCUGGUGGAUAAACUUGCUGUCUCACACUCUGUCCUGCGUAUAGACUCUCCUGCUGACCUCCAGGUUCUGACCUCAGAUGGGAAACUGUGA